GUUGGUGCGGUCCUACAUAUUAGUGUAAACAAAUUUAGCAGCAGUGUUGGCAACCAAGAUGCCAGGCACACAAAAAGGUUAUGCGACCAUACAUGAGGCAGUCAAACAUGGCAACGUCAUGGAGAUGGAGACAAUGGUCAAGAAUGGGGCCAGUAUAAAUGAAGUAGAAGAGAAGGACAAAUUCACUCCUCUUCAUGCUGCCUGUAACAGCGGCGCUCUGGAGUGUCUACACUGGCUGUUGUGGCACGGUGCAGAUGCCACUGUAGUGACACCCAAGGGCUGGAGUCCGGCACACAUAGCUUCAAUACGGGGACAGGAUGCUUGUAUGCAGGCCCUCGUAAACAAUGGUGUGAGCAUGUCAACAAAGGAUGCGCGAGGCAGUACACCAGCCCACCUGAGUGCCGCACACGGAAAUUCUUUCACCCUCAACACCAUUCUCAGAUCGGGAGUGGACGUGGGGGCCACAGAUAAAAAUGGCUGGACACCCAUACACUCUGCAUGUUACCAUGGACGGUUAGGGUGUCUCCAAUUACUUUGUAAAUGGGGAGGUACUCCAGAGGACACCGACGACACGGGCAACACGCCAGCCCAUUUAGCAGCAUCAGAGGGUCAUCUGCCCUGCCUUAAGUACCUAGUCAGUUCAGGGGUGAGCCCCAUGCACGUCCUUGGGGCAAGAAAUGACCAAGGUGAGACGCCCAAGGACCUUGCCCAACAGUUCUACAAAGAUUACAUAGUGGAGUACAUCAAUGGUAUCGAGUGGGAGAGAGACCACCCUGAUGAGGCAGAAAACCUCUCGUUCCCUGCCCAUGUGGCAGCCUAUGGUGGUGAGCUGGACCAUCUACGCAUGCUUGUGGAGAACGGGGUUGUAAAUAUAAAUGAAAGGGAUGACAAGGGGUCUACACCUGCUCACAAAGCUGCUGGUAACGGCCACAUCCACAUCCUACAGUGGCUGAUAGAGAUGGGAGCCAGCAUGACCAUUACAAACCAGGCGGGGGAGACACCCAGGGAUGUGGCGAGACGAUUCUCGCAGCUUGCUUGUGUUAAAUUACUGGGAGGAGAUCCAGAGGAAGAAACUACGAUAGUUGUUGGAGAAGAUGAGGACGAUGAACUUGACGGUGGCAACACAGAGGGGCGUUCAGUCCUACUUACCGAUAAACAACGCAAAGAAUCUCGAGGGCGAGCUAGGCAGAAGUAUGAGGAGCUAGAACGAUUACUUGAAGUCGCCCAAAAGAACUCCACACAGCUAGGUGGUCAUCUGAUAGAAGACCGCAAACGCAUGCAGGAAAUCAGGGAUAAGGACAAGACAAUCAGUGAACUGGAGGCCCAGCUGGAUUACGAGAGACUGAGGAGAGAGAAACUAGAGGCACAACUUGACCAAUACCGAAGGGAAAUAGCCGACCUGAAGUAUCAACUUCAGAGCCGUGACUACAACUCAGGGGACAAUGCGAAUGUGGCCACCAACAUACAUAACUCGAAGACAUAUUUAGAACAGGAGUCCAGCGACGCAGAAAGUGAAUAUAUGUCAAGACAAAGGCGUACGAAGAAGGUACCGAAGAGCAAGAAGAGCUAUGGUGAUGACGGAGUGUUUAUAAAGAGGAACAUAUCUGCUCCCAAACGAAAAUCUAAACGAGUGGUGUAACUCACUAUAAACAAAUGCAACUAGAAACGGACAAAUAGACUAAUGCAAUGAACCACUGUGAAGACGGAUAUACACUUCCUGUUCAAAUGAAUAUCAUAAACUUAAAGAUGGAUAACCGUCCUGUUCAAACUAAUAUCAUUGUUAUGAACAUUUUUGUGCAUUCUUCAUAUUAGGGUUAAGUUCAAGGGCCCACUUGUAUAAAACAUCUCAACUCUUGAGAUUUCCUCAAGUCUAAGAUUUCCCAUAGACAAUACAUUGUUUGAGAUUUUCCCUAACUGAGAUGUUUUAUACAAGUGGGCCUUGGUUCCUUUUAUAUGAUUAAUCGCUACAAAUACGAAGAAGAAAAAGCACAUGUAAAAUAAAAUAUAUCGGUGCAGGAAGCUGAAGGCAAUAACAUCUGCUGCACGUGAUGGCCGAGCCCAUUUAGGACUCUUCAGUAAUACUAGGGUAGAGAUCAGUCUAGAAGUGCAUUGAAAUCUCAACCGUUACAAAGUCCUUCAGAAAUAUCCGAAGUAGAGAUAAUGUGUCAAGGAACAUAAUUGUAUAUGCUGUAAUAGUUUUGGUACCGUGUAGCAAUUUACUGUAAAUCUACUGUUGUUUGGGUUUUAUAGGUAAAUUUCUCUUGGAAACCAGGCGACUGUGGUAAAAUGGUUCGUUCUCGCGAAUGAUUAUUUUUUUUACUGUUGUACAUCAAACAACUUGUUUAUUAGUAUUUUUAUUUGCUAAACGAACACAAUAACAAUAAUGUAAGUCGUUUUUGUAAAUGUAUUUGAAUCAGGAGGAAUAGUCCUUAUGUAUUUUAUUCCUUAUUGAUUUCUUUCCUAGUGAACGUAAACAUUUAAGUGAUUUGUAUAUACUUAGUUCAGCAUUGUUUUGUUAUGGUACAUGUACGUGACAACAACUGAUCAUGAUAUAUUAGCAUUGGUGACGACUCGCCAUAUCCAAGAUCAUGUUUAAAUGAAUGAGAGGCACUCCUUAGUGAUAAAGAAUCAAAUGUAUAGAAGGAGGUCCCUUGCUAUGUAACACAAAUGUGUUAGUGAUGUAAAGCAGGAGACGUUUGUAAAUGCAAAAAUGAAAUCUAUUGCUAAUGAACGGGAAACAAAUUCAUGCAGUUUAUUAAUUAAUUAAUUUACUUAAUGGGGAAUUAGACCGGAUGACGAUCCGAAUUGUUUAAUUUGGUAGACUAAUGUUGUUCGUUUAUAAAUAGACCUAGUUUAAGUGGUUUGGGGAUUCCUUACUAAUGAACCUUAACAAUGAUUCCAAGGUAACACACCCCUGGUCUGCACUUCCGUGGUUAACCAUAGUGGACAAAUUAAGGUUCGAUAAAAGUUUGACCACAUUGGUGGCUUUAUAUUAGCAUCAAUAGGACCAUGAUUGCCACACACACAUAUAUAUAUAUAAAGGUUGGAAAUGCUAUAAAAAUGUACGAAGAUGAAGAGGGAAUCAUCAUCUGUUUCCUAGAAAUAUCUAAUCAACUGAAGUCUUCUCUCAAUAGAUAAAGAAUGAAAACAUCCGCUAAAAUCACCGGACAGGUCAGUGGCCGUAGGAGAGAUGAUGCUGUCUUAGAAGCUUUGUGUUUUCGCUAUUCCUAAUGAGAAUAUUGUUAUCGUAAACAUAUAGUAGUUACUAAUAUCAGAGACAAGAUGGAGAACUGACAUAAACAUGAUUCACUUUCUCCUGUUUUGAAGCUCAUGGGAAGAGUCAGUAUUAUUCAUGAUAAUUGCUAAGUGAAGCUGGACAGUUAAGCUCAAAACGAGUAAUGUCUAACCCUCCUCAGCGUAUACUUUGUCAUUGCUUUACCUGUAUCAGCAGGUUGUUCUAUAGAUUAUAGUUAUGAUAGUUGGUUACAAAUAACAACGUUAGAAAGUGUGUGCAGGAGAAGGAAUCUUACAUAAUGUACAUCUGUUAUUGAUCGUGUGCACUGCAGUAUUUCAUUUUAAAUUUUGUGAAAUUUUUAUAAGUAAUUUUUUUUAUCAAUUAAUAACAUUUUGUAUUUUCAUCAGAAAUACAUUUUGAUGUAUUAUUUAGUGAGUUCUGUAUGAUUAGAUUCAAUUUCUCGUGGCGGUCGAUAUUUGUAUUAGCAUUUUCUUUCACUUUUUGUACAUCGUUUUAGAAUUUAUUAUUUUCUAGGAAUAUACAGACUUCUCUACGAAUUUUAAAUUACAAUGUUAUGAUUGAUAACGUCGUGGUACUACAUGCAAGGCUGUUCACGGUCAUCAUUUGCAUGUCUUGAUCGGUAUUGAUUACUUUUUAUAUUAUUUUGUUUUGAACUAAUGUAAAACGGAAUAUUUCAUUUUAUACAUGCGGCGUGAAUCUGAUAAGCAGCGAUAGCUGUGCAAGAAUCCAUUAUUGCUUCAUAUCUCAUUUUAACAUGCAUUCCUAGAAUCGUUGUCGUUUUUGAAAUUGCUAUAAAUAUAUACUACUGCAACCCUGUAAUUUCUGUUAGACAUUUAUCAUACAUUAUGUAUAACGAAUAUAGUUAAUCCUGUCAAAAUCAAUCCCUAACCAAUCUGGAAACUUGUGAUAACUUUACUGCCAGGGUAAACGUGUAUCUAACUGAUACGUUUGGUCAAUUACCAUAUAAUUGAAACAGAGUCCUGGGCCCAGGGUCAUGAAACGAUCUUAAGUCUAAAUUUGUCUGAAGUUUUGACUUAGGCAAUCACAGAUAACGUCACGAAAAGUGACAUCAUACUUGAUUGGCAAAGAAAAAUCUCAAGUCUAAGAUUGUUUUAUGAUCCCGGGGCCAAAACACAUGUUGGGGAUUUUACAAAGCUUUUUUGAAGUGCGAAAACGGACCAAUUUCUAUCUUUCAUAGUUAUGCUUUCCAACUGACACUCCUAGCUAUUUUUAGAUCCAGAAGGAAACAAAUGAAACAAAACUGUUAUAACUUUUUAUCAUGUUAUAUUUUCCUUAAUUCCCCAAUUUUCAGUGCUAAGUUUCCCGAUUCCCUGAACCUCGUUAAGGGUUUUAUGAGGAAACCCCUAUAUGAAUAUUUACAACAAAGACCGUGCCCUUAUAAUGAUUGGUUUGGGCAGGUUCAUUUUAUAAAGAUAUAUGUACAUAUAUUUGUAAAUAGCUUCAUCUCAAAAUGAAAAAAACGCUUUACAUUAAACAAGAAUGCAAAAGAG